GCCAGCUACCAAGUCAAUCGAAUCGAUUAAUUUACUCCCUUUUACUUGACUUCAUGCUGCACAUUUAUUUUGUGCUGAAUUGAAUUAAGUACAAUAUAUUCAGUGCAUUUAACAUUCGUUGAAAGGAAAGUCAAUCAAGUUGUGCAUACCCUGGAACAAUGAGAGUAUUCUGUGCAGUGAGUAAACUAAAAUAGGGUUUCAAAAAGAAGAAAGGAUGGAAGAUAAUCAAGAAAUUCGAUUUGGCGAUGCAGCAGCUGAUAAUUUGUACCCUGCUCUCUUUCAAUGCUUUACAAUUAUUCUUUGUGGGUAUAUAGCAGGUCGUCUCAAUGUGGUCUCAUCAACAGAGUCCAAAGGUAUAGGAACAUUUGUGGGCACCUUUGCUCUGCCUUCUUUAAUUUUUGUAUCACUUGCCAGGCUCGAUUUUACCACUGUAAAUUGGACAUUUCUUUUGGCCAUACUACUUGCCAAAGGUGUUAUAUUUCUAGGUGUUAUUGUGAUCACUGUCUUUGUGUCCAAACCAAUAAACUUUGGAAGAGCGGGAAUUUUCGCAAUUUUCUGUACUCAAAGCAAUGAUUUUGCUUUAGGAUAUCCUAUAAUAAAUGCCAUAUAUGAAAAAACACAUCCAGAAUAUGCUCUCUACCUGUACUUGAUGGCUCCAAUAUCAUUAGCUAUAUUGAACCCGAUUGCCUUUGUUUUGAUGGAGAUCAAUAAACAAAAGGAAAUAUGUCAAAGGACUCAGAUAACAAGCACUGAACCGAAUAGGAAGCCGGAGCUGUCCAAAACAAAACUGUUGAAGCAAAUCGUCACAGGCAUCGCAUACAACCCUGUCUUGGUUAUGACAGUACUGGGAAUUAUUGGCAAUAUUGCUUUUAAACAUCAACUUUCCAUUUACAUUGAGGGCUUAUUGGAGGUGUUUGGUCAAGCUUUCUCAGCAACUGCCUUAUUUCUGCUUGGUCUUCGUAUGGUAGGGCAGAUUCACAGGUUAAGAGGCCCAGCACUGGUAUUACCAUGUGUACUGAUAAUGGUCAAACUGAUUGUUUUACCAAUGGUGAUGAGGGAAUGUGUAAGCGCGCUCCAUGCAGGAUAUAAUGAAUCUGAAACGAGCUCAUUGUCCACUUACGCGUUUUUGUAUGGCACCAUACCUACUGCCCCUGCUGUAUUCGUGUUUUCGAACUUAUAUCAACUGGAGAUUGAUUUGAUGGCAUCAUCAAUGGUAAUUUGUACUUUCCUGUCCGCUCCAAUGAUGUUCAUGUCAGCCCAAGUGAUAUCUAUCAACAAAGAUUAUGCUGACCAGCUGAAGAAAUUCGGCUUUGACCUGUCCAUUGUGGCUCUAAUAGCAGCACUCUGGGUUUUGCUGGUUUUUACUCUCACUAAGAAAUAUAAGAGGAUGCCCCAUAAAUUGACUCUUUGUUUGAUUGUCUCUCAGAUAUUGCUAGCCAUCAGUGUGAUUUGGGGUGGUCCUCUUCCGAACCACUCAGUCUCCUGGUACUCUACCCUGCAGCAGUCUUUACGGACUUUCAGCAUGUACUCCUGUCUGCUCUGGACCUCAAUGCUAUCAGUUGGAAUGCUUAUGUUAGAGAGCCGCGGUCCCUGUUUCGUCGUGACGCUGUGGCCCGUACUAGGGUUCGUUGCUUGGGGCGCGCCCGGCGUCAUGACCGGCGUAUUAUUGGCCACCAAGGGUACCGCCAGUGAUCUGGACAGCAAAGCUGCUGAUGCUAUCAGACUGUGUCUGCUCGUGUUUUGUCUUACUGUGACUACCGGCUGUUUGAUAGUUUACGUGCGAUUCCGUCGCCGCAGCGCGCAGUUCGCGUCUCUAUCGGCUGAGAUUUCAGGGUCUUCACCUCCUGAUGAAUCCACCAGCCUCGUGGAAAACGCGGAAGCAAUCUCGCACACGCAGUCGAUAUCUAACAACGGGUGUUAUGGAACUAUUACAGCCACUCCAUCGCCCAGCCGAAACAUCAACGAUUGCUGCUCGGAUGACCCCAACUGCCAAAACGGCUUGAUUUCAUCGCAAGACAUUGAAGACAUUGGCAGCUCUAAUCAACGAGACUGCGCCUGCCCGCCGUCGCAGAAGCAGCGCUGCAACGCAUCUGGACCCUGCACGUACCUGAACGACCUGGAGGCAGCCGCCAGUCAGUUAGGGCUGCUGCCGCCUGAGCAGUCGCGCGGCCGCGGCGGGCAGCUGCUCAAGCAUACCGUGCUCAUCAUCGCGUACAGCCUCAGCAUGUUUAUUGCAGCCGCCAGCCAGUUAGGGCUGCUGCCGCCUGAGCAGUCGCGCGGCCGCGGCGGGCAGCUGCUCAAGCAUACCGUGCUCAUCAUCGCGUACAGCCUCAGCAUGUUUAUUGGCAUAACUUACACCACGUGGCGGAUGAUGAUGAGGGACGAAAGCGGCGUAUUCAUAGAGAUCGAGUUCCUGGAUAUUGCGGCCAAUUAUGGACAGGCACUCGUUAUGUUUGUACUGUUCGGUCUGGACCCAGAAGAACUACUCAUUCCAGCUAUUCGAUUUUUCAAAAACAAAUGGCAUGGUGCUGAUACCGUAGUGUUGCCCGCUAUAGAAGAUCUGAGCUUUGAAACGAAGCAUGUCUGCGACCAGUUUAUAACGCACCAUCUGGAUCGUUGCAAGGAAGCUAUUGCGAAGGACACAAGAUGGCGUAUGCGAAGCUACCGAGGCGUGUUCCGCGGCUCCUGCCUCGUCCGUUGGCUAAUCAGCUGCGGGCUUGCCAAAGACGAGCAGGAAGCGGUGCAGUACGGCAGGCACUUGCUAGACGGCCGUUUGAUCGCGCACGUCAAUAAUGCCCACCACUUCACCAACUCGCCGCUACUCUACACUUUCAAGUAGGGUUGCCAUAUCAACGAACUGGGAUUUUUCAUUCGCGUCUAACUUUUUUAAAUAAUUUUUAGUUGGAUGAAUUUUAUGGUUGCUGUUGGUUAAAGAAGAUGUAUGAUGUAAGAUACGAUGGAUCUUGAUUUGUGCAAUUAAUAUCAUUUAUGUUAAGUAUAUGACGUAAAAAUUUAACUACAGUGCUGCUAAUCUAGGUUACUAUUUAACUUUGGUUUAAAACGACGCGAAUUAAAAAUCCGGGUGAGUGUAAAAACGUACCAACGAUUAUCUACGCAGGCUAACAAAUGUAUUUUGAGGAGGCUGACUGUACUGUAUUCUAAUAAUAUAAUGUUAAUUUAUUUUUAUAUUAUCUAUUAUAAUGACUAAAUGCUACGUAAUGUAAGCAAUUUUAAAUUGAACGGGUACGCGAUACAAUGAUUGGAUCGCUUUUUUGCACAAAAAUUGUUAAUUGGCGGAGUUAAAAUGCAAUCGUAACACAUUGUGUCAUGUGUUAAGUUCCUUGUCAAUAGUGAUAAAUAAAUACUAUUUAUUUUUGCAAAUACGAAGGAAGCUAUUCUACAUUCAGUUGCUAGCAGAUAAAAAGAGGGGUCUGAGCACAAACAGGAUUUGUUCUAAAACUACCAUUGCAACUAGAAAUUGUUUAAAUUAUAAUAUGAAGUCGCCUGUCAGCAUCUGACUGACCAAAAUGUUCUGAGUAUUUUAAAACAAUGACUAGACUAGAUACUAUUUGGAUGGUCUUUUGCUAACGCUUGUCGAUUUAUACUUGUAUUUUGUUAGAUACAUUAUGUAAGUGUUAAAAAUUGUUGCAGUGUGUUGAUUUCAAUGUGUUAUAUCUCAUUUAUAGACGCGAACUGUCCAUCCCUUCUCAUAAAUAAUAAUUAGAGCCACCAAAAGAAUAAUUAAUACAGUUAAAGAAGGUUGGUAGUGUGAUUUAAUAAACUAAGCUUUAUUUUUUUAUAUUUUCUUUUUUUUCUGGGACUUCUUGCAGUAAGAGCAUAAAUGCAAUCUUCCUUCGCGUCUUUAAAUUAGGUAGUAAUGUAAUGCAAUGAAAUUGAAAUUACCACUCUGUUGGUAUUGUGAUGGUUUAGCUAAUAUCAUUGUACAUUAUUUUGUUAAGGAUUUAUUCUAUAAUAACAAAUCGGUACUGAAAAGUAUUUUAUAUAAAUUAAAUUAUUAUUCAUUGGGAAUAUUGAAAAUAUUUAUGUUUUAGUGGUGGGAGUUAGCUAUAAAUAUAAUAUUACAUAUGACAAUCACAGUUCUCUCCUUGUAUAUUACCGUCUUUCCACUAAUCUAAAUAUUAUGUACUUAUUCAUAUAAAACUGCUCUUACAAUAAAAGCAGAUUAGCUCUUUUAGUAUAAGAAAUAAGUGACCAAAUAAGAUAACAUGUAUCACAAAAAUGAUGGUGUCUAAACAUAAGAAAGUAUUGUCACUUAAACUCCAGUAAUAAUUACGAUAUAAUUAUAGUAACUUGUCACAAAGUAGCACCAAUCAGCUUCUAAGAUUUGUUAAUUUGUGCCAAUGAUCUGUAAAACCAAAGAAACUAACAUGAAACUUUGAUAUACAUAUUAUAUGUAUUAAGAUUUCUUGAACAAUUCCAUUAUCAUAGUUAUAGGAACAAAACAUAUUUAAUCAACUGACUAGAGGACAAAUUUUUGUGAUAAUGAUCUCAAUGUAAUAGAUUUUGUUUUAAAUGGUGUUAGUACCUAUGUUUAUAAUUUAAUCACAUAAAAAUAAUAAUGUAUAAAACCAGUGAGGAGAGGAACUCAGCGCAUCAACUAUUAUCAAGAUACAUUGUUUUCUUAGUUGCUAGUGAGAUUUUAUGUGAUUCCUGCUUAUUGUGAUAUAGUUGACAGUUAUACUUAUUUAAUGUUAUUAUAUUAUCAUGAACGUAUUGUAGAUAUAAGAUUAAAUAUGUAUCUUGUUAAUGUUACUGUAUUGUAUAUUGCAAUAUACAAAUAUAUUUUACAAUGAGGAUCAGUACUGUUGUAGAAAAUUCAAUAAAACUAGUAUCUACGUUAAUCUUUAAGACAUAAGAAAGAUAUAUCUUUUUGAAUUAUCCAAAUCGGACCAUUACUUACGAAGAUAUUAAGUAAUAAACAUAGGCCGUUUUUGCCGCUAUAAGUCAACGUACGCAAGGCCGCGUGACGUCAUUAUAUCCGAAUGGAGCGCGGCCGGCGUACUAUUGGGAUGGAAAAUAUUUUUUUCCGGCUAAACUAUCAGUUUUAGAAAAAAACUUUUAAUAACAUUUAUUCUUCAAAAUAAAGUAACCUAUCGACCAGUAAUUUUUAAAAAUAAAAAUUGUGAAAAAUAAGUAUUGCUAUGUCCAAAAACCACAUUUUCAUAGGAUUCGAUGCAAUGCGGAGACGCGGUUGGGGUGAGUGUAACUUAAUGAUUGUUUGUAUUGAACAUAAUAAUACAUAAUAUGAUGCUAAUACCCAGUUUCUGGCCUGGGGGGGGGGGGGAUAAGUCAUACCCAGCUUAUAGCCUGGGGGGAGGGGCAAGCCUUACCCAGC